CAGUCAAUGAAAAGCCUAAGGUAACGCGAAAGAAUUGAAACUGAAAGUUAAGGAAGUGUGAUAUAAAUACAGCUGCUGGCACUGCUAAACACAAACCAGCGACACUGAAAAAAACUGAAAGCAUUUGAUCCGCAAUACAUCCGUGAAAAUCGUUAGGAUUACACGCGUAUAUGAGCUGAAAUGGAGACGAGAAUCGUUGACUUCAUAAAGAAUAAUGGCAAAUCCACGGCUUUAACGAUUAGUAAAGCUCUCGGGGUGGAUAAAAAAAUCAUAAAUAAACAUUUGUACCAAUUACAGAAAUCGAAUCUGUUAAAAAUGACGGAAGGAAUACCUCCUGUCUGGGAUCUAAAGGAGAACACAGAUGAUCCCAAAUCUGAACUGGCAUCUGAUUCAAGAUCUACUGAUACUGAAUCUAUAGAGAAAGAGGUGAGCAAUAUCUUAAGAUCAGGACAAACAGGAUUAAAAGCUCAUCAGAUAGCCAAAGAUGUGGGACAACCGAAGAAAACUGUGAAUAAACUUCUGCACAUUAUGGAGAAAAAGGGUGAGGUACGGAAAUCUGACAGUAACGUUUGGAUGACCAAGAGUGAAACAAGUCUAAAGCAAUACAGUAAAUCGUGUGAUGACGUCAGCGUCUCAGGGUUAUCUCAGUGUUUUUGUGACAUUACACACCUUGGUUCUGGAGGCUUUGGUUGUGUUUUCAAAGCACGGCAUAAAUACGAUGACAAGAUGUAUGCUGUAAAGAGAGUCGAGUUAACAAAAGGCGCUGAUUCUGAGGUCAAGGCUUUGGCUCAAUUAAAUCAUCCAAAUAUCGUACGUUAUAUCACAUGUUGGCCAAGUUCUGAGACCUGGGCAUCAUAUAACGACAAGUCCAGCCAAUCAUCUCUUUCAUUAGACAUAGUCUUUGAUGGAUCGGAUCAUGAUGACAUAAGUGAUAUUUCAUCAGGAUUGGAGAGUCUGAAUACUACAUCAGAAUCAGAAUCUGCUGCUGAACCUUUAGAAAAUCCCAGCACAGACAGUGUGGACCCUUUAAAUCGAUCAUAUUUGUUCAUUCAGAUGGACUUCUGUGAAGGUGGGACAUUAACCGACUGGAUACAUGAGAGAAAUUUUAAGGAAAAAAGGAGAACCACAGAAGAAAUUUAUAAAAUAUUUUAUGAAAUUGUCACUGGAGUGGAAUACAUUCAUUCAAACAAACUCAUCCAUCGAGACCUGAAGCCGGAUAACAUAUUUUUUACAGCUGAAGGCAAAGUGAAAAUUGGAGAUUUUGGACUGGUGGCGCCUCUGAUGAAUCCUAAUGGUGGCUCUGCUUAUAGAACAAUAGGAAAAGGAACAGAUUUAUAUAUGAGUCCUGAACAGGAAAACGAGAGACAUUAUGAUGCAAAAACAGACAUAUUUCCCCUUGGACUCAUAUGGUUUGAGAUGUUAUGGAAAUUGUCUAGUGGCAUGGAGAGAGGAAAGAUCUGGCCAGGUUUGAGAAAGCAAACAUUUCCAGAAGGAUUCUGUGACAAACAUCCAAAUGAAUAUGAAUUCAUCAGAAAGAUGCUCUCACACACACCACAGGACAGGCCACAGGCCAAAAAAAUAAAGGAAAAUCUUGACAGAUUUUUCUAUACAGAUCAUGUGUUAAGCCAGAAAACAAGAUAGAUGGCUGGUUAAAUAAUCUUCUUAACAUCAAAACAAUGUCUGUAGUAUUUCUGACGGUCCAAGACUUUUUUAUGUUUGAUUUUAAAUUAUUUAUUCAUAUUUAAAUAUACUAUUUUUAAACUCAUCAUCGCAUCAAUGUUAAAUAUGAUUAAUAUGUUAUGGAGUGGUUUUAUAAACAUCAGUAAUGACUAAGAGAGAGAGAGAGAGGGGGGGAUUGUUUUGUUUUUAUCUUAAAAAAAACUGUACAUUACAAUAAUGAUUUGAGGCUACUUUAAGAAGACUGUACUUUCAUAACGUUUCUGUAAUGUUUGCUUAUUAAAAAUAACUUUUAACUUUGCACCUAAAAUAAAACAUUUCU